UUAAACUGUCUCAUGAACACGGAAGAUGACAAGUGAUCUUACAAAAUUGUACUUGUAUUCAAUAUUUACUUCAAUUUAUUUUCCAGUUUGCUUCUCAAUGGUUCCUAUACCUGUCACUCGAUAUCUGUUAUCCAAUUCUGGAUGGUUGGUGUGAGAUCGGGUGGUGGGGGCGAUGACUAACACAUGACCCACCGAGCUCUCUCUUCUUUACCCCCCUCCCCCCGAUCAGGAGAGAGAGGUGUGGGAGAGGCGGUCUACCCGGGGGUGCACUUGCAGUCCAAAGGUGUCCCCAGCAUCGACUCCUUCGUGCAGUGGAUGAAGCCAGUCCCCACACUCUCCACCAUCACUGUCUGCUUGCACCUCCACCUCUUCCACUGGCGCUCCCACCAGAUGCCUCUUCUGAGUUACUCUGUGCCAGAGUUCCCCGACGAGCUGCUAAUAUAUGUGGACUGGAACAUGGCAGCCGUGAUUGUUGUUUGUUGCCAUGGCAACGGUCGAGUUGAAAAAGACGGGGUCUUCACCUUGCCCAUGCUUCGCACCUGGGUUCAUGUAUGCCUCGCCAUGGACCUCCAGGCCGGCCGUUACUCCCUUACCCUAGACUCUCGGUUCUACUCGGGCAAUAUCACUCAACUCUCGGGCAGAGAAAUGAGAAUGCAGGGCGGUGGAAUACUUAUCCUCGGCCAGAAACAAGAUGUCUAUGGAAAAUCAAUCAACCUGGAACAUACCCUGGAAGCACACAUUGCUACUCUGCUGAUAUUCCCAGAAUAUUUAAGGGAAAAACUCAUACGAGAGUUCGUUUCGUGUGAUGUGAUGACAUUCGACUCGGCCAUAGUUUCUUUCUCCUCGCUGACAACAGAUUGGAAAGCUUCAGGAGAUGUAAGACUAGUUAAUUUUACAAAGGCUAAUAUUUGUGGCCCGGCCCCAAAAAUUCACACUAUGUUCCCUGAACACAGAACUUUUCUUGAAGCACAGAUGUUGUGCUCCAUGUUGAAGGGCACCCUGGCUGUCCCUGAAAGUGAGCUGGAGAACACGGAGAUCGUUACUGCAUCCAAAAGUAGUCUAGAGAAGUGUGCCAUUAGCCAGGGAGUGUACCUGUGGCUGGGGAUAGGUGUCAGCCACGAGAGCAACUCAGAGGACUACAUAUACCUGGAGACGAACGCGACCCUACACUACACAAACUUCCGACAGGGCUACGACAGAUAUGCGAACUCCUCCAGAUGCGUCUUUCUCGACUCCUUAAAUGUGGGUCAGUGGGUAGUGAACCCGUGCUCCGUCAAGACCUGCGCCGUCUGCACCUUCAGAAACGUCACUUUACUCACGCUUCGUGGACUCUGUCAGGACUCCGUGUUCGACCAUAUCUAUAUCAUCAACGGAGAACGUAACGACAAGCCACUGUUUGACGGCACCAGUCACACGUACAUCUACUGGAACAACGUCACAUGGAUGAUGAGAGACAUGAUGAACCAGCGGGUAUAUGCUACCAUGGAGACCACAAAAAUAAUGCAGUACCCGCUAGGUGUCCACAAGUGGAGUAUUAUAGGGGACACGUGUUCAACAUCCCACCAGCAUCAGCUGCUGCUGACAGCCUGCCAGGUUAACCAGUACACCUGUGAUGACGGCACCUGCGUUCCCAAAGAGGCGAGGUGUGACCUGGAAGCCAACUGUCCGGACCAGAGUGACGAGAGAGACUGCAAGAUUGUUGAGAUCCCCAAGGACUACAUCAAGGCGGCUCCUCCAGCACGGAGAGGAACUGAACCUGUCCGUAUCAAGAUAAACGUAACGAUAUUAUCCAUACAGCCAAUCGAUACGGUGAACAUGAAGCUAACCAUUGACCUGAGUGUUGAUCUCGUGUGGCAGGACCCGAGGCUCAGCAUGAAGAGCAUCAACUCUGCAGAGACCCGCAAUGUCAUUCAGGAGGGGGACAAAAUCUGGAAGCCAGAGCUCCUCUUCCAAGACGUCACAGGCACCGAGGCAUGCAUCACCAGUCACUGGCAAAUAUUUGUGGCUGUCAAGGAGUCCGAGCCUAAUCCUGACAACAAAUCCAUGGUGACGGAAGACGAUGUGUACCCCGGGGAGACAAACUCACUCAAGCUGACGAAGACGUACACGGUGAAGGUGUCUUGCCAGAUGAAGUUCGAGAAUUACCCUUUCGAUACCCAGCGGUGUAGUUUCAUAAUAAGUCUGCCGAGGUUCACUCAAGACCUGGUGGCUUUCACUUCUUCUGAUAAUACGGUUGGAUACCGUGGCUUCAAGAAUCUGAAGGAAUACGAGAUGAGGUGUGUAGAGAUGAUCGAGUCGAACUGGAAUAAUCACAGUGGCCGGGAGAUAAAAAUUCGUUUGGAGAACCUCUCCGGAUUUUAUGUGAGUAGCACCUAUAUUCCAACUUUUCUCAUGGUCCUCAUUUGUUACUCAACAUUUUAUUUUGACCUGGACGACUUCACCAAUCGUAUUAUGGUGUCUCUGACUGCUCUGCUGGUGCUAGCGACACUCUUCUCCCAGAUCACACAGACCACGCCUAAGACCUCUUAUCUGAAACUCCUCGACGUGUGGUUCGUGGCGUCCAUCCUUGUCAACUUCUCCAUCGUCAUCAUGUUGGUCAUCAUCAACCACCAGAGGAUGCGCGAGAGCAACAUUAUGGUAGCUCCUUUCUCCAAGAAGAAAGCGAUGUACUCGACACCAGAACGCAGUCGUAAAAUUAACUCCUUCUCCCAGGUGGCAAUACCAAUUGUUCUCUUCAUUCUCAUCACCACCUACGUUGGCGUCUCUGUUCAAAGGAACUGGAGAUAAUCAGUAACUAAUAGAGCAUUCUGCGUUUAACGUCAGUGUUCUUAUCUUUUGUUUACAAACAGUUUUGCUUGUACUUGAGCCGUGUGAAAUUUGCAAGCUGGCAUCACGUUCUUUUUUUUCAUUAAUAAGAAACCACGAAAGAAUUUUUAACUGACAAGAUAAAACGUGAAAUAUUUAUUUUGGGUGGUAUUAAGUAUUAUUUGUAUUUUAUUGAGCUAUAAUAUAUCUUAAAAUGUGAAUUGCAGUUGAUAAAAAAGAUUCACUGCUUCCCUAAACAUUGUUAACUACGAUGGUGACAGGCUUAGUGUAUGUUAAAUAUUAAAUAAGCAGUUGUUUUGUGAAAAUCACCAUAAAGUGCUCAGCACAACUCUGUCAAAAACUUAACAGCACAUCACUCAUCACAUUUCCCCCUAACAUUGUGUCUUCUGUGUGUACCAUCUACUGUGGCAUCAGUCUACAUGUAGUCUACUUCUCUCUACUGACACGCUGGUUUUUACCGACUAAGUACAUGACAGCUCGGUUCUCUCUCUAGCCUUCCUUUCUGGGGAGAUGAGUUGAUGCUGGGGGAUGAUCAUUCGAGCAUAGGAAACUGAGCUACUCUCCCCUUCCUUUCAUUAAACCUGAGUACCUCCCAUUCACAAUAUGGCGGUGAGAAAGACACGACUUUUCGUCCAGGACUUGACUCCAUUAAAUAUCUACUUGAUAAAAUCCAGUCUUGGACUGAACGUGGCUUAUCCUCACAUGGUGUUUGACCAUUAUGGGUCAAGUUAGAGAUAUUAGGUACCUCGCCUUCCUUCUUAUUGAGGUUGUUAGGUAUGUCACCAGGCACCUCACACCUACACCACCUUCAGUGCAUCACCUACCUCUUCCUGUUCUGACCCUGUUCUCCCUCCCUAUCUCCUUCCUCCCUCCUCCCUCUCCCUCCCUAUCUCCAUCCUCCCUCCCUCCUCUCUCCCCUUCUUCUCUCCUCCAUCCCCCUCCCUCUCUCCCUCUCAUCUCACAUCUGACCCUUUCAGGCUUAGCGCUUUUAUUAAUUGUUAUUAAUAUAGUUCAUAUCUCUCUCUCUCUCUCUCUCUCUCUCUCUCUCUCUC